AUGUUUUCAGCAACAACAACUUCAACUACUUCUUCUUCUUCUUCUUCUUCUUCUUCUUCUUCUUCUUCUUCUUUCACUCCUUCCUUUUUCCUUUUCUCUAUUUCAUCUACACUCUUCUCUUCCCCUUUCUUCUUCUUCUUCUUCUUCUUCUUCUUCUUCUUCUUCUUCUUCUUCUUCUUCUUCUUCUUCUUCGUCGUCGUCGUCGUCGUCGCCUGUAGCACUUUCCGCUUUUUUUAUCUUACAUCUCUAAAAGAAAAUCCUCUCUCCCUUCCUUUGCUGGUUUUAAUCCCUCUCAAGUUUUUAAACCCACAUAAUACCUUUUCCUUGCAUUUCAUCCUCAACCCUCCUCCUUCUUGUUUGCUGUCCCCUGAUUCUAUCGUUCUCACUAUCUCCCAAUCUUCUUCUCCCAAUCCCUUUUUCCUUGCUAGUUUAUUUCAUCCUCUCUCCCCCUUCCUUUUGCUCUCUCUUUCUAUCCCUCUCACACUCUUUCCAUUUCUCCCAAACCCCAUUUUUUUCGUUUGA